UCAGAGCGAUACAGCCAGGACCGCCUUCACCUCAUUACCAUAGGUUUUACAAGCAUGUAAUUCAAAUGACAAGAAUUCUGACCAUUUUAAUUCUUUAAGCUGGAAGAUUAAAUGUCGAGGUCACACUGGUGAAUUGUGUGGAGUGAACUGUUGCCCAGUUGGACUACAGUCUGCGGUUUGAUAUUGACAGCAUUUCAUUGGUAAUGUUUAGUCACUGAACGCCACAUCCUUACUUCGCCGACCAGCGAAAAGUGGACCUGUUUGCAUCUGAUGGUGGAGGAAGGCAGCAAGGCAGCAGCUGUGAGUCUCCAGGUGGGAGACGAGCUUGUCAACAUCAACGAGAUUCCCCUGAGUGGCUACAGACAGGAGGCAAUCUGCCUGGUGAAAGGCUCCCACAAGACCCUCAGUCUGGUUGUGAAAAGGCGGAACGAACCCAUAAGCAGGCCUCACUCCUGGCACUCCACCAAGUUCAACGAGAGCCAAUCAGAGACUGCCAAAACACAGUCUCCACCCACGCAAGUCUGGCACACCAGAUAUGAUGCAAGCUCAUCCUCCACUGAUCUCUCCUCUGGCUGGGAGCAAACAAACCUGCGCAGAGUGUCCGACCAGUUCAGCUCUCUCGGCAGUAUGGACAGUCUAGAGCAUGUCUCACAUCCGUACCCUGCCGGUCAGCUGUCACCUGCCAAGUCCAACAACAGCAUGGAGCAUCUUGGAGGAGGGAAACGAGACUCAGCCUACAGCUCCUUCUCCACCAGCUCUGGCACGCCAGACUACACCCUCUCAAAGAGCAACGCUGCCUCGACAGAGAAUGUGCUCUAUAAAGUCAGUCAGUGGGACGCAGGUGGAAAGCCUAACAAUGGCAGAAACAGCCAGAGCCUGAUCGAGGGAGUCAAACAGGACGACAGGGUGGCGUAUUUCCAGAUGCCAGGAGUCAACUCAGGCUGCGCGGGUCCACAGGCUGAGGAUUCAGCCGGCUCCCGCCACUCCACUUCAAGUAGGACCAGCUUGGGACCUGUUUGGCACGUCCCUGAAAAAAAGAAGACUGCGUCCCCCUCUCCUCCCCCUCCCCCUCCACCUGCACGCAGUGACAGUUUUGCUGCGACGAAGGUACAUGAAAGGGGGCUCAUUAUAGCUCACCCUGAAGGACCUGAAUCACACGCACCCUCUAAGAUUUCCACAGAAAAUCGCCGCAGCCACAACCCAUCCCUGAAAAAUGACAGCGACGGUUCUUACACUUCAUCUGAUAAAUCAAAUCACAACCAGUUCAGCUCAAACAAGCAGUACUCCCUCUCCAGCAGUGAUGUUCGGCAAGGCCAGCCCCACCAUCAAAGACAACAUAGUGACAAAAGCACUUUUUAUUCUCAGCCCUGGGCGAUGUCUGUUCCAAAGCCACAGAACGUAGGUGGCUACUAUUGUAGCAUGCAGGAACUGCCAACAAACGGUUCUGCACAGCACUUUGGUCAGAACCAGAGAAGGAACGUAAGCACCUCCCUGUCAACCACAGCCUCUGACCAAAACACAGACAGCAGCGGACAUAGCCGAUACUACUGUGUCACAACGUGUCAGCCCUCGCAGCAUAACCCCCAGCCCAUGUCGGGAAAGUCAGAGGACAGGAAGAGUGUCUCAGGCGUGGAGCUGGCACAGACUGGAAAUGAGCGUAACUCUCUCAGCCCGCAGACGGUCACCAAAGUCAAGUAUCAUCUGCCCCAACAGCAACAACACUCCCCUCACAGUAAAGACAGUAAUGGAUACAGCAAGCAUCAAGUUACUACUGUACUAGAAACCUCCAAAUCCAGCUCUGAUGAUAGGGGAAGUCAGAGAGGACAAAAUGCAGAGGCUCAGUUCAUGAGUUAUCCUCCCAGCAGACAUUCUGAUCAGCGGAGAUCCCUGUCACUACAACAGAGAGAAUCACCUCCAGACAUGAGACAUCACAGCCAAGGGAGCAACAAGAUCUGCCCCCAGGCGACCCCCAUGCUUCACUCUCUGUCCCUGGAUGCCGCAGGCCAAGAUGAGAGAACAAGAGGCCCAAACUCUGAAGAAUCCAUUGAAAGCAAGCAGAUGAGACGCAGUGACCGUUUUGCCACCACAUUAAGGAACGAAAUCCAGAUGAGAAGAGCGAAGCUGCAGAAAAGUAUGAGUGCAGCUGCUCUUCCUGGUACCGAGGGCGAGGCUGAAGAUGAUCAGGAUGUCUGGAAGUCCCCUGAAAGCACCACGCCGGCUUCUGCAGAUGGCUCCUUUACAAACUCCUACAAAGAUAAUCUGAAGGAAGCACAAGCGAGGGUGCUGAAGGCUACGUCUUUCAGGAGAAAAGACCUGGUCUUGGUGGAGCACCCUGCGGCUGAGGCCUUACCUAGCUACCCCUCAUCAGGGCUGGCCAGGAAAGAUGUCACCCCUCUGCCAACAGUCUCGGAGUCUGUGAUGAGUAAGUCAGGGCCUGCUGCUGGUCAGGUAGCUCGCAUUGGUGGCCGCAAGCGUUUCCCUGCAGAAAAGAAGGUGCGGUCUUUCUCUGAACCAGACAAAAUCCACGAAGUUGGGGUGAAGGAAGAUCUCCCUCGCAAUGAAAGCUCCUCACUAGACCAGCAGAAGCACAAAGAAAGUGUAAAACCAGUUUUUCCCAAUCACAUUCCCCCACAGAGCUACACAGAGAACCCCACAGAGACAAAGACCCGAGGUGUUGCCUCUGCCAGUGAAACAGAGGACACAGUGAAAGGCAUCAGGGGCAGAGAGUUCACUGAAGAGGUCCAGGGAGGUCCUCACUCUGCAAACAAGCAGUUCCUCCCAGACCAGCAAAGACUUGGCACCUUCGCUGAGUACGAGGCCAGGUGGACUAUACAGAAACCCCCUCCAGAAACAAGAGCCUCUGGACGGUACCGAUCAGCCGAUAACAUCCUUGAUCCAGGACCAGAGGAGAGAAACAAGAACGCAUGCUUCCACGAGAGAUCCCGUUCAUCUCCUUCAGCUGACUUCUACGGACAGAAGAUUCAAGUUCCCGCAAGACGGUCUGAGACAGAAUAUUCCCAGACGGAGAGUAAACCUGCUGAACCGCUCAACACUGCCACAGGGUUCUCUGACAGAGGCCCUGGUGACUGUAAAGUGAGAGAAAAACCAGUAGAAUUUGAGCAUUACCCAGCGCCACCCCCUCCGCCCAUGAACCUAGGAAGCAACCCUGACUGCAGACACAAAGCUGCCACCGUGAACCACAGACCUACAUCUAUCUCUCACAGUCUCACAGAGUCCACCCUGCCUCAGCCUGAGGACCACAGCCACGCCGAGCCGCCGUCUGGGCCGAGGAGGAAGCCCUCUGCUCCGGAGAAGCCUCCCCCACCCAAAUGCCCAGAGGUCGACUCCCACGAGUUCUUCACCGGUUCCCAGAGUGAAGUCUUCACCCACUGCUCUCCAAACGCUGACCCUAACUCCGCCUUCGUCCCCACCCACUCUGCAAAGGGAGAUUCAGAGCAGGGCAAAGGGCUUGUGGACAAAGGACAAGGGGUAGUGCACCAUCUAUCAACAUCCAAUCCUCAGCCUGCCUCGUCUCCCCCGGCUUCCUCCUACAGAGCUGCAGGGCCAGCCACUAUGGAGGGGCAGCGCUCUCCAUCUCCACAGUUUUCCCCACAGAGACUCAGCGACAAGCCUCCGGCCUCUCUACAGGAUGAAGACUCAAACAGGAUGGAGCAUGUGAUCGAGCACCACUCUGCAGGGAAGAAAGUGCCCAUCAGGAUUGUCCACACAGAGGGAGUCACAGAGAAGGAGAAUUGUCCAUAUCUGCAGCACAGUGACCCCCCUGCUCUCGAAGCUGAGGGUCCUGGUGUGACCAGGCUCGGCAGUCUGGGAGCUGCAGGGCAGGACUCAGUCUUCUGUGCAUUUACUCGGCAGAGGGAGCCCGACAGCGUGCCGGCCGUCCAGACAGACCCAAAGCCCCAGAGAGAUACGUACAUGACCACUGUUGGAGAUCAAAUCAGCUUCCACAGUCAGCAGCCGCUGCAGCCCGCUGACGAGCCCAGCAGCACCAGGGCGAAGGUGACCACAGGGCUGUCUGACGAGGACCAGAAGAGAGAGGAGCUGGCCAGGGACAUCAUGGGCAAGGAUAAAUCACUGGUUGAUAUUCUGGACCAGAGCAAGAUGAAGACCACCAUGGACUUGAUGGAGGGAAUCUUCCCUCAGGGAGAGCAGCUGUUGGAAGGAGGUCACCAGCGCAGGAAGGUGCCCACAAAACACGCAGUCAGCCGCCCUGCUGAGGAAAGGGAAAAGGAGGACAGUUUGGCAGCCGUUACCAUGGUGACCAGCUCUACCUAUUACAGUACAUCUGCUCCCAAAGCUGAGCUCCUUAUUAAGAUGAAGGACAUGCAGGAGCAGGUGGAGGAGGAAGACUCGGAGGACGAGCUGGACAUUGAUCUGGCCAAUAAGAAGCAAGAGCUGAUCGACAGCCUCAGCAAGAAGCUGCAGGUUUUGCGCGAGGCGCGGGAGAGUCUUCAGGAGGACGUCCUCGACAACAACGCUCUGGGAGACGAGGUGGAGGCCCGAGUCCAGCAGGUGUGCAAACCCAACGAGCUGGACAAGUUCAGGAUGUUUGUCGGGGAUUUGGACAAGGUGGUGAGUCUGCUGCUGUCCCUGUCGGGCCGACUGGCCAGAGUGGAGAACGCCCUCAACAGUCUGGAGGAGGACGCCACUGCUGGGGAGAGGCGUACAUUGAUUGAGAAGAGGAAGCUGCUGAUUCGACAGCACGAGGAUGCGAAGGAGCUGAAGGAGAACCUGGACCGUCGGGAACGCGUGGUUUACGACAUCCUCUCCAACCACCUGCCGGAGGACAGCCUUACAGACUACGAGCACUUUGUCAAGAUGAAGUCUGCGCUCAUCAUCGAGCAGCGCAAGCUUGAGGACAAAAUCAAACUGGGCGAGGAGCAGCUCAAGUGUCUGACGGACAGUCUGCCGAUAGAGCAGAGGCUCGCCUUGUGAAUAUGCUGGACACUGAUUGGCUCUGAAACAGCCUCAUGAUUAAGACUUGUUGCUCCAAGUUGCAGUUGAGCCCUGUGUCCAACAGAGGGAGACAGAGAUGAGGAAUCUGCAGAGACAAACAGCCAUGUUUCAGUUCUGUGGUGAAGCCGCAGCACGUCUUCCUCCUUCACUUCUUCUGCCACAACACUACUCGGACUCACAGCAUCCAUCAGUAACUCCUUUGUGAAAGAUGCUGCUUUUCCUGGCAUCACCCAACCACUGUAUCUAAAGUCUUUCAUGCCAUUUUUGCUUUGUUUUUAUUUUUAUGUUUUUUUUAGUAAUUUAUUGUAGCCUUUUGAAUCUGCGCAGGAGGGGACAGUAUUUUAUCUUCUGCUGAUCUGAGCAGCCAUGCUACCUGAUGUGUGGCACACGCUGAGCAACUAGGAGUAUUUAUCAUGUUUGAAUAAUUUCCCAAAUCCUUUUUAAACAACCCGUCAGAUCUGGCCGAAUAUUUCAGUAAACUCAAAGGUUUUGUUAACAUUUAUAUAUAAACUAGUGGCCUUUUACUAAGAUUUUGUGUUGCGCUUUCCUCACUGAAGAAACUUUUCUUCUGCAAUAAACAGACAGACCAGUUGCCACAAGAAAACGUUGUCAUUAAACGUUUCUGCAAACCAGAUGUGAUUUAACGAGUCAUUUAGGCACUAAACUCAAGUGUUUAUUAGCGAGCUCUCACUGUUUCUCCAGCACGGACAGCACCAUCAAAACGGGGUAUUUUUACGCUUCAUUCACAUGCUCCUCGGAUAGAGAGUUUGGAAGUGGUUCUUCCGACUUUGGUGUGUUCAUUAUGUGGAGACAACAUGGACGCUACAAAGAAGAUGUUCAUUCAUGUUCCGUACCCGCUUAUCCUGUUAGGGGCCGUGGGGGGGGCUGGAGCCAAGAGGUGGGGUACACCCUGGACAGGUCACCAGACUAUCACAGGGCUGACACAUAGAGACAGACAACCAUUCA